AUGGCUUCCACUAGCAGCCGAAAACCCUCUUCCUUUUCUACUUCUAUUCCUCCUUCGAGUUAUGAUGCGUUCUUGAGUUUCAGAGGGGAAGACACCCGUAGAAAUUUUACGGGUCAUCUCUACCAUGCUUUAGUUACAAAUGGAAUUAACACCUUCAAAGAUGAUGAAGAGCUUGAGACAGGAGGAGUCAUUGCAGAAGCACUCAUUCAGGCCAUCGAGGAAUCAAAGGUUUUCUUUGUCAUUUUCUCGAAAAACUGUGCUUACUCUAAGUGGUCUUUAAACGAGCUUGUCAAAAUUAUUGAGUGUAUGAAAGCAAAGCAAAGAAGAGUUGUUCCAAUUUUCUAUGAUGUGGAUCCAUCGGAAGUGCGAAGACAAAGUGGGGGGGUAUGGAAAAGCGUUUGCUUAUCACCAAAAAGAUGCCAACCAAGAAAAGAAGAAGGAGAUUCAAAAGUGGAGGAUGGCCUUCACAGAAGCAGGCAAUCUAGCAGGAUAUGA